UUUUUUUCUCUCUCUCUCUCUCUUUAUCUCAGUAUUUAAUUAAAUAGGUUUUCUCAUUUUUUUAUUUAAAAAAGAAAACAGUUAUUUGUCGUUUGUUAUUUUUUUUGCGCAAAAAUUGAGAAACAAAUAUUAAAAAAAUGUGAACGAAAUUUUAUUGGGGGAAAAAAUAUUCUCGCGUUUGAUUUGUCAUAUAUAUGCGGGCAUUAAAUAUGCGAAUGUCAUGGACAAUCUGUCAAAAUUAUUUCCGGGGAAAAUUUAGGCAAUUUUUUCAAUUCUUUUAUUUAUUAUAAAUAUAUAUUUCGUAAAGUUAUAUUAUUAAUUAUAGUUUAAAAGUGUGUGCUUCAGUUAUUUCUGCCCCUAUUUUUUUUUUUUUUUUUUUUUUUUUCCUUCACGAAUACGCAUCUCUUAACAAUGAAUUCUCAUCCCCUUUGUGAGGAGUCACCGUUAUUGCAAGCAAUAUUUCGAGGGAAUUUCGAAGUCGCUAAAAUAAUGGUGAAACAUGAAAGAAUCGAUUGGCACGACUCGGAAAAUCGUUCUUUUUUACAUGCAGCAGCAUACAGGGGAGAUUUGCGAAUUGUCGAAUUAUUAAUUGAUAAUGGAGCUGAUGUUAAUAAAAGAGAUAAUUCAGGACAAACACCAUUACAUAAGGCGUGUUAUUUAAAUAAUCGAACAAUUGUCAAUGCACUUUUAUCACAAAGAGCAAAUUCAAAUGUUCAAGAUUGUAAUUUACAAACUCCACUUCAUAUUGCCGCUGCAAAUAAUUCGAUUCCAUGCGCUCAAUUAUUAGCUCCAAUUGUUGAUAUUGAUGCGAAAGAUAGCGAAGGAAGAACGAGUUUGCAUCUCGCUGCAUUUAAUGGUCAUGAAUCAAUGACAAAAUUUUUAUUAGCCCAUCAAGCAUCAAUUGAGGAAACUGAUAAAAAUGGAAGACGAGCAUUGCAUGUUGCAGCGCAUAUGGGACACGAUUGUGUCGUUGAACUUUUAUUACAAGAAUUAGCGAAAGUCGAUGGAAAAGAUCAAGAUUUAUAUACACCAUUACAUGCGGCCGUUGCUUCUGGAAGAGUGAAAUGUAUUCGAUUAUUGUUAGAAGCGAGAGCAAAUAUUGAGGCACGAACACUUAAUGGAAAUUCGCCGUUACAUGUCGCGUGUCUCAACGCUCAGCCAAAUUCAAUCACGGAAUUAAUUAAUAGCGGAGCGUCUGUUGACGCAAGAAAUUCUCAGGGACACACACCAUUGCAUAUAGCGUGUGCAAGUUCAGAGAGUGUUGAUUGUUUUGAAAUUCUUCUUCAUUCGGAAGCGCAAAUUAAUGCUCGAUCGGCAAUUGGACGUACACCAUUGCAUAUGACGGCAAUUCACGGUAGAUUCACACUCUCAAAACAAUUACUUGACGCUGGUGCUUCUGUUGAGACACAGGACAAUAAGGGAAAUACUGCUCUUCAUUUUGCUGCUUGGUACGGACACGAGUGUUUAACAAUGGAACUUUUAGAGAAUGGAGCAUCGCCUUUAACGAAAAAUUCUCUAGGACAGACGCCUUUGCAUUUUAGUUGUCUAAAAAAUCGUGUCGAAGUUUGUAGAAAAUUAUUGCAGGCAGAUAUGGGACACAUUGAUUCAAGGGAUAAUAAUGGAAGAACACCUUUGCAUUUAGCAGCCUUCAAGGGUUCGGUGAAUUGUCUGGAUCUUUUGCUAUCGAGUGGAUCGAAUUUUCGCUCAAUGGACAAUGAGGGUCGAUUACCGUUGCACUAUGCCGCAAGUCAAGAGCACUAUCUUUGUAUUUUCACUCUUGUUAGUUUCGGCAGUAAUCCUAAUGCAAUUGAUGUCAAAGGUGUCACUCCAUUACAUUUUGCAGCCGCGGCUUCUUGUAAUCAACUAGAGGGAAAUUGCAAGAUGCAAAGUUGCGUUCAAUAUUUACUUGAGCAUAAAGCGGAUCCAUUAAAAAGGGAUAAAAAUAAUUUUUCAACGCUUCACUAUGCGACUGUUGGUGGGAAUAUUAAUACAUUAAAUAUUAUUUGGCAAAGUAUUCAUAAUUACAAUCCAAAUGAUGAUUUUUUACGCGAUGCUUUAUUUAAUCCUUCGCUGACACCAUUACAUCUGGCGGCGUAUCAUGGACAUCAUCAUAUUUUACGUUGGCUGCUUGGUGUCUAUAAAGAUGUACAAAUUCGCGAUGACAAUGGAAAAACACCAUUUUCAUUUGCACGCGCAAGAGGUCACGAGGAGUGUAUAGAACUUUUACAACCGCGAUUAAAAGAAAUUAAUGAAUCGAAAAAACGCAAGAGUUUUUAGAAAAAAAAAAAAAUUAAUUACUAUUUUUUUUUUAUCUUCCCUACGAAUGGAGGGAGAAUUAUUUUUUUUUUUUUUGUUGGAAAUAUGUCAAAAAGCCGGAAGUCCCAAAUAUCAA